UGGUUAAAUAUCUGAUAGUGUUUUUCUGCUGUCGACCGUUAAAGUCGUAUUCGCAUUCGCCAAUUUAUUGGUAGAAACUUUGUAAGAAUAUAUAAUAUUAGUUGUAUUCGGUAAUUAGACUCGUGUGAUAAUUAUCAUAACUAACUAUGGAUAACGACGUUGGCUUCAACGAUAGAGUUAUACGCAAAAACUUCUUAUGUAAAAUCUACGGUAUUGUAUUGUGCCAACUGCUAAUCGCUAUAGCAUUUAUGACUGUGGCAACUUUUCACGAUCCCACUAGACUUUUUUUAAAAUCAUAUCCUAGCCUCAGGAUCAUCACAAGUAUUAUUACUUUAAGUAUUUUAAUAACACUCGCUUUCUGUGAAAAAUUACGCCGCAAGAGUCCUAUUAACUAUAUUUUCUUGUUUGUAAUUACCAUAGCUCUAUCAUUUUUAUUAGCAGUGACUGUGUCUCGUUACUAUCCCAAACAAGUGCUUUCGGCUCUCAGCCUAGCUACAAUAAUAUGUUUUGCUCUCACAAUAUUUGCACUUCAGACUAAAAUAGAUUUUACAGUCAUGGGUAGUACCUUAAUGGUAGCUAUAAUAAUUUUAAUGGUUGCGUCUAUCGUCGUUAUAUUAUACCCUGCUAAAUUAAUGACACUCAUAAUUUCAUGUGCAGGAUCAAUAAUAUAUUCGUUUUUUCUUAUUUAUGACACCCAAAUGAUGGUCGGCAGUAACCAUAGAUAUUCAAUAACUCCAAAAGAAUAUAUACUUGCAGUAUUAGCCAUUUAUAUAGACGUAAUUAACAUUUUCUCCGAUAUAUUUACCAUUAUUGUUGUUGGUGAUUAAACAAUAUUUAUGUG